GUUUUUCUGAAGAGGAUUGGACGACUGUCAUGAAUGAAAUAAAGCGAUUAUUGAAACCCGGAGGCUAUAUUGAACUUCGUGAACUCUAUCCAUUGCUCUACCAAAUGGGACCUAUAACACAUGACUUUUUCAAGCAUUGUAAUGUGUUUUAGUUAUAUAUUAGAGCUAACUUAUUUAUGAUUUCUAGUUAUCUGUGGCAUGAAAAAUCUACAUAAUGUAGACAUUGCCUGGGCCAAGAAAAUGUUUACUGUUCUUCAAGAAAUAGGCGAGUUUGCAGAUAUCCAUCGUCAAAUACGCCAGCUUUAUUUUGAUCUUCCUGGUACAAUUGGCAAUAUGGCACGCAACUCACUUCGCACAGCAUGCGAAAGUUAUCGACCUUUUUUCGAACAAGUGAACAACAUACCCAAUGAUGAAUACGAUAGAAUUCUAGAUGCAAUGGCACAAGAAAUCAUACAACACCACUCCUUUUUUGAUUAUUAUGCUUGUUGGGGAAGAAAGACACUUUGUGCUACCGAGUACCAUCAUCAAGACGUUGUGGAGUCUAUGCUGCAUGCAACUCGGCGAUAUUCUGUAGUACCUUCGACCAAAAGCGCAUCCUCGUCAUCUCAGAGUAGAAAGCGAACACAUUCAGACACUAUGGUGAGUCCAAACGAGAAGCCUUCCGUACUUUCCAUUAUUACCAUUGACCCUGAAAACCAUGAGGAAACUAAAGGCUCAGUGAUUCAGUGGGACGAAGAUACAAUUGAGUUAGGGCCAGAAAACCUUAAUGAUAUUUCUCAGUUUGCUGAUGGAUAUGAUGAUUAAUAACAUUGUAAAUAAUAUUGUACAGUACAUUUAAAUAUUUGUUUUUU